GAGAGACACACAGAGAGAGAAGGAAAAGCUGGAUUUAGCCAGGAGAGGGGGAAAGAGGGGGGAACUGGCUGAGGGAAAUCAGAAACACUGAGAGAAAGAAAAACAAUAAGUGAGCUGAGUGAGAGAGGGAACAGAAAGGGGAACAUAGAAGUGAAGAAGAGAAAAUAUCUAAGGAAAGGUAGCAGGGAAUAGAGCGGUGACAUUCCCAUCAUCUGGAUGCCAUUUGUCUGUUGGAACCUGUACACAGUGCCAAGCCGUAAGGUCUCCCAAGAUGUGGCAUCUGCUAGUAUGGAUUAUUCUGCUUGCCACUGCCCAACAGAUGAUUACUGAAGGUUGCCCAGCUGGCUGCCAGUGCAAUACGCCACAGACCGUGUUCUGCCUUGCACGCAAGAACUCAAACUUCCCACGAAGUGUGCCCCCUGACACUCUCAAUCUGUAUGUAUUUGAGAAUGGCAUCAGCUCCAUCGAGGAGAGCAGUUUUAUUGGGCUAAAUGGUUUACAUCUCCUAGACCUCUCUCACAACCAAUUAUCUAGUCUCCCAGGUGGAGUAUUCAGGAACUUGGCCAACCUGAGCAACCUAGACCUUACAUCCAACCAGCUGACAGAGAUCUCUGCAGACACCUUUCAGGGUCUGAGCCGGCUGGAGAGGCUGUACCUCAAUGGAAACCGUAUCCGCAGCAUUCACCCAGAAGCUUUUAAGGGUAUUGAAAGUCUGCUGGAACUCAAGCUGAGCAACAACCAACUGGUAACACCUCCAGCUUUUUCUCUGCCCCAUCUCUUGCUCCUUGAUCUGAGCUACAAUGCAAUUCCUGUAAUCCAACAAGGGGUCUUUAAUGCAGGCAAUAUUGAGUCUCUUCGUCUUGCUGGUCUUGGUUUGAAAGAAGUACCAGAAGAGUUGCUGAGUGGCCUCAAGAACCUUCAUGAACUUGACCUGUCUGACAACCAGCUGGACAAAGUACCUCCAGGGCUGCAUGGGUUGACAAAACUAAACAUUGCUGGUAAUGUGGGAUUCUCUCAGAUCCAAGUGGAUGACCUUUCAAACCUUCCUGCACUACAAGAGCUAGAUUUAAGUGGGCUCAGCCUACAAACCCUGCCAAAGGGUCUAUUUAGAUCUUCCAAACGCCUGCGGGCUGUGAGCCUGGCACAAAAUCCAUUCAACUGUGUUUGCUCGCUAGGCUGGUUAUCAGAAUGGAUGCGGGUUAGUGGAGUGGUACUGCUGCGGCCAGAUGAGACACGCUGCCAUUUUCCUCCUAAAAAUGCUGGCAAGACUUUGAGGCAGCUGCGGGAUUCUGAGUAUGGAUGCCCAGCACCAACAACUAUUCAGAUGCCAUCAACAAUGCCACCAAGCACCACCACUGGGCCACCCACAACCACUAAGCACUUGCAGACUGAAGCCCCAACUACUGCCUCCACUACAACUACCACCAUCCCUCACCAGGAGCAGGAAGAAGACACUCAACCAUUUCAAUUUGACUUUGAAGACACUUUGUGCCCACCCCAGACUUGUCUGAAUGGAGGUUCCUGCCAUCUAGAUCCCACUGGCCAACUGGAAUGUGAAUGCCCACCUGGAUUUCAGGGCACCUAUUGCGAGACUGGUCCAGUCACACCAGCUGUAGUUACAGAGAUGUACAUAGAACAGGUGAAAAUCAUUGAAGUGACCGUUAGCUCUAUUCGAGUUGAUCUUCAAAGUUACAGCCAAAACAAAGAAAAGCUAAGGGCAAUCAGACUAACUGUGCGUAAUCUGUAUGGUGCAGACCGUCGGCCUAUGAUAUAUAAGUUACCUCCUACUCUGCCUGAAUACACAGUGAGGGCAUUGUCCUCCAAUAGUUCCUAUUGGGUAUGCCUUGGGUCACAGGGUGAGGGAGGUCCAGAAGAGGAUCUGUGCACUGAAACUCACACUUUAGGAGAACCUCCAAAGCACAGUCCCCAAGUCACCCAAUCCCAAGAAGGAAACCUUACCCUGGUGCUAGUGCCUGCGGUGGCUGCUGGGAUCCUUCUGUCUGCAGCAGUAGCAGCCGCAGCUUGCUAUGCUAGGAGACGUAAGGGAAAGGGACACUCUGUUGAGGAUGGUGGUCCUCUAGAAAUGGAUGGAGUAAAAAAAGGACUAGAUGGGAAGGGUGAGGUCAAAAAACUAUCAGAGGAUCCAACUGGGCCUGAAAAAACUGGUGCAGAAUCAGAGGAGCCUCUAAUGGACUCAACAAGGAUUGGGAACAAUAAUGAUGCACCCACAGGCAGACUCCCUCAUUCAUAUUUCUAACCAAGGCACAGAUAUGGUGACUGUGAAAUCUUUUAUUUGGUCGGUAUACACUCCCAGUCAUAAGAUGAUUGGACUUUGAGAACAUCAUGGUGCAAGGCAAUGAAAAGUGCAACAACUGCUUUCUCAUCUUUGGUGAAGAGUGCCAGAAAGUAAGCCUGACGUACUUAAGCACUGCUUUGGAGCUUCUGCCGUCGCAGCACAGUGUUACACAUGCUACCGCUUGGAGAGGCAAUGUCCAAGAGAUAGUUAUUCACAGACUCUAAACAUUAAGGAACAGUUGGUCUUUUUUUUCAGACUGAUACCCUACCAAGUUUGGAGAGACUGUAGGGAUUUUCAUUUAGGCUGGACCUGUGAAGGGGAAAAGUCAAGUUUUGAUUGGGCCUGGAUUUUUAGGUGCCUAUUGCUGGACAAGAUGGCGCCUUAUAGUAUUGAUUCAUGCCAGGAUACAAAACUUAUUUCCAUUUAAUAAAGACUUUCUUACAA